CGAACGGCAUUUGUUAACAUUCAUCAGCAGCGAAGCUUAUAUUAGAAAUCAUUCUUAACAAAGCUAAUCCAUGGCCUUUGGAACUCUGCUAGUGUUGCUAGCUAUGCUUCAAUUUUCAAUAACUGGGCGAUCGAACCAUCUGUCCAAGAGAGAUAUAAAGCCGCAGUCUUCAGCUAUGAAUGACAUGGUAUGACACAACUUCAUUCUGUAACAGAGUACGUUUAUUUAGCGGAUUGUCAGUGGAUGAUUUAACCUAACGCCCUUAUUUAACUAGAGAACGCAUGGCAGUUUGCUUUUAGCACUGAUUUUCGUGAAGAAAGGUGUGUUUUCGAAUAAAUGGAUCGAAACAUGAAAACAGCUUUUGUUUAGGUGUCACGUUCAGUCGGAAACUUGAUUAGUGCUGAUUAGUGUUCUGAAGGAAUGCGUAUGAACAUCCUUGGAAGGUUGCAUGUAAACACGUCCGCUGCCAUUAUAUUCACAGAAGGUAGAGACCACUGACAUCAGAGCUAAAAAUGGAUCGUUAAUGAAAAAAAUGUGUUCUUGCUGCCGAGCACUAAAACACUUCCACGUGGUCUCAUUUUAUAAGUACAACUGGAUUAGUAUUUAUUUGCCUAUAACUAGCGAUUAUUCGCAGUAGCAAAGACUCUGAAUCAUACAGUGGUUGUGGUUCAACUUGCGCUUUUUACCUCAUCUAUACGAACAUUCAGUUACGACUUAAUGAUCCUUAAUCUCGUUUAGUAGCGGCUAGCUGCCUUCGAAAAAGAGUAUGUUUUUUAAACCAAUAUUUUGCGAAAAACUGAACUGUUUCGUAGAGGAAACAUGUUCUUCAACGAGAUUUAUCCCUCUUUUAAGUGGGAAUAUUUCUAAGAAAUUUGGCAGAUACGCGGGUCAGUAUUCUAUUACAAGCACGUACAAACUAACACCAGAUCAAAGGAUCAAGCUUAUGUCAAUAGGAAAUCUUGUCACUGCUAUAAUUAUAAUAAAAUAAGUAUGAAUUUCCGUGAGAGGAAGAAGAAUCUUGAUACUUUUUAGGUAGAUCAUAAAAGUAGCCAAGUAGCCGGCAAGUUAUUUACAAACAUAUGGAUCAAUAUUGUCGAUUUGUUCAGGCCUACGAAUUUGGAGUACUUGGCUUCUACGUCUUGAAAAAAGUGUUAUGAUAAAUUUUCGUAUAAAUUGCAUUCGAAUAGAAAAUGAAUUCCAUUCUCUGCUUUAUUCGACGAGCAAAACUGACAUAUCCUAAUAUUCUCAGGAAUUUUAGGAAGAUGGUAUCUAUUAGUUUCAAUUGUUAACUUGUGAUUACUUGAUCGUAAUUUUGCUACUACCUGGCGAUGUUUUGCGUUUUUAAUAAGGUCUUAGACUCUAAUGAAAUAUUCAGAUCUAUAGACACCAGUCUUAGAAGUGGAAUGUUCAUCUGAUCCUUUUUGAAGUAAUCUAUGAUAGCCUGUUUUACUUUUGGCAGCUUCGGGUUAACCAAUUUUGGCUCUACACGAAUUCUUGUGCUACAGUAUUGUACUUUCACGAUUUCGUGGAAAAACAGCAUGAAAGGCAGUUUUCUGUUGUUUGCUAGUUGAUUUGAAAGUAAAAGGCAUUGCUUUGCAAUACCAGUAUCAGGUAGAUUUACAAGAUGUAACCAAACUUUUAUGACAUUUAGAUUAAUGUGAGAUUAAGUGAUAGUCUUCCUACUUCAUUACCUAACGAGAUUUAAUGUUAGUAGCUCUUUUAUUUACGCCAAUCAAAUAUUUGUAAAGUUGUGUGUAAAUUUUUUCAAUGGGGUAUUUUUCCCAUUUCUUAGACAUCAGUUCUAUCAUAAGCACCCUAUAGCUCAAAACUGUAUGGUAAUAUAGGAAGAAAUAGGGCAUCAGAAAAGUUUAUUGCAUACAUAUAACCACUAAAAGCCUAUAAAUAUUAAAAUCAAGAUAGCGUUUUGCACCAAAUAUUGAUCUUCUUGUUUUCUCCGCAGAUAAUUGUUUGGAAAUAGACCUUGUCACGGUUUUCGACGCCAUCUUGACGAGUAGGCAAACGUGUGAGAAAUUACAGUGUUUGUAUGAGAAUCUAAUGUCGAAUAAUUUCCGUAAAACAGCUGUUCUGAAAAAAUAUGAUUUGUAAAGUAAAGCUUCACUCCUAAGGAUUCUCCUGAAAAAAUUUGAGGGCAUUACAUGCACCAGAAUCGAAGACCUAGAACCACUUUUUAAAUUUUCUAUACAUUUGUCUGUAAGAAAGUCCCGGGAAAAUUACAGACAAAUAUAUGGAAAAUCUAAAGCAAGCCCUCUGGAGAAAUUUAAGCACAGGUACGCUCCCAAAUUUUUUUAGGACAAUCCCUUGCUUUGUAGCUUUAGUUUACAAUUGAUAUUUUUUUCAUAACAGCUGUUCUACGGAAAUUAUUCGACAUUAGAUUCUCAUACAAUCACUGUAAUUUCUCACACGUUUGCCUACUCGUCAAGAUGGCGUCGAAAACCGUGACAAGGUCUACUGAGAAACAUCCAUUUGAAUUAAAUGUUAUGCCUCGAUAAGAGUAUUCUGUGACAUUAGCGAUUUGAUUCCCAUUUAGGAAGAAAGUGUAUUUAUCUCGUGUUGAUUUACGGUUCUGUUUCUGAAAGAUGUAUGCUUUUGUUUUUUAAGAUUUAUUUUUUGGUAACCAUUUGUUGCAAUAUCCAUUGGCGAUAUUUAUUUGUUCCGUAAAAUUAUCAAGAAAGGGGUAAUCCGUUAGAUAGAACUAUUGGGUCUUUCGGUCCAAUUUGGGUGUAAAGUAAACGUGCUAUAUUGUCUCACUGUAAAAUGAAAAGAGCCAAUUUGGCCCCAAAAAUGGGGCCGAAACGGGUGAGUCCAGAAUGGUACUGUUUUUGGGGCCAAUUCAGCCCCACUGAGAUGGGGCUGUUUUGGUACCAAAAUUUGGGGCUAAAUUGACCCUUGCAUCGGGGCCAAAUUAGACCAUGUGAAGGGUCAAUAUGGAAAACACUAGGGCCAUUUUGGAUUUUCCAGUAGCCAAAACAGCCCCCUCAAAUUUUGGCCCUCUUAAAAACUACCCCUCCAAAAGUAGCCGAUUCAGCCCCAUAUCGGGCCAUUAUGGUUUUUUUAAUUUGGGUGGGGGCCUACAGAUUUUUUCCCUUAAUUAGGGUACUGAUAAAUAAUGAAACCAAAAUAAGGCUUAUUUCAAACAUUUAUUCAGUUCUGAAUAAGUUACUGUGAUCUGUGUACAUCAUAACAACGCGUAUUCCAACCUAUUUAUGUAAUAUUAUCUUCAGUUAAUCUCAACUUUUCUAGAUUGAACAUUUAGAAUUAUUGGAGGAAUUAAAUUGGCCAAGAGAGACACUUGUCUUCGGUGCGAUCAAAGUAACUACUUCUUAAAACGGUUUUCAUAAAAGACAAAGUGAAAAUCAUAAUCAGCAUCAUAGGAACACUUAAAACCUAUAGUGAAAAUCAAAAAUUGGAGUUGCAAAGGGUUCCAUUAAUUAAAGCUCACCAGAAUUUUAGUCAAUUAAGGUUUCUUUUAUAACUCCCCUUUUGACAAAAAAAAAAAUAAAAGAUUGUCAGAGUUGGUCAAGUUCUCCUGCUAACAAUUCCGACAAUGUAUAUUAGAUUGAAGCAAAAGAGUUGUAAGAGCAAUAAUGAACUAAGAUGCUUUAGCUAUAUCAAUUCUCAAGCUUCUGAUUAUGACUCCAACUCUGUCUACCUUGCUAGUGCGAGCCUUUAAUGACUUGACCUAAUCCUUUUGAAGGGUGGUUUUCACUCGUGACAAAGUCAGGGUCAUAGUCAGAGCACUCAUCACCUAGUGAAAAUCAAAAAUCAGAGUUGCAAGGGAAGUCAUAACUAGAAGCUUGAUGGAAUUGGAGUCAUCACAACUUUCUACUCUUCAGAUUCUGCUUAUGAUGUAGAAAACCAGAUUAAGCAGGGGUGUAAUCGUCGAAGGAUAAACCACUUACCAGUCAAAAUUCUUGUUCCCAUGCUUUAUAGUUUUCACUAGAUCAAAAGUGAAGGAGUCAUAAUUGGAGUAAUUAUACCCUGUUAGUGUUAUAUCUAGAUCAACACUCUAUGCUUUUGAUUUGUACAGUUCCGACUCUGUAUCUUACUAGUAAACCAGCCCUUAAUGGCUUGGCAAAUGUCUUGAACUAUAUUUUACUCCACAGAUAUUAUGUUUAAAAAAUCUUGCCAAAUCUUGGUCUAUAAGAGUGAAAGAAAACUUCCAUGAAAAACAUUUUGACAAUUUGGCUACACCUUGCGAGGUUGUCCUGAGUUAACAUUCAGCAAGAACUGAGGUAUUUGCCAAGUCAUUAAAAAAGGGAGGAAACAUUGACAAGUGUCUACCCCAGUCCAUUUUCAAGCAAUGCCUGAUCUAGAAAAGUCAAGAUGGCUUUGCAUUGGGUGUAUGAUACAUUAAAUACAUAAAAACACCCAAGCAAUAUUAUCACUGCAUCAAUCUUCUUCUGAGGAAACUGGCAAAUAAUGCCUCCCUUUGUCACAACAAAAUCCUGAAUUUUCCUGUCAACAUCUGCAUCCCUCUGCAAUAAAAACAAAUGCUGUAAUUUUAGAAAUGAUAAAAACAAUAAUCAAAACACAACAAACAGUGCGUACACAUAAAAAGUCAGUAUGGUCAUAACAAUACUAUUGUCAAAAAAUGUUGGUUUAAUUACUUCUUUCCAGUUUUCAGGUAUGCAUGUAUGGUAUACUGUAUAAAUUAUAGUUGGUUGAAAUUAUGAUUCCUUUAUGUUAUGGGAAAAAGAAUGACAGCAUAAUUAUGUCUAAUACAUUCACACAUCAUUGAGGAGGUAAUUACAGUGUGCAUGUCCUGAUACAAGAAGAUUAUUUUAGUACAUGUAUUUCUCACCAAGUAAGAAAUUUUGCAGCUGUAAGUCAAAAUUCAUUAAGUAUUAUGUAGCCAUUAUUAUUCUGUGAGAUUUGGUGUAGUCUGGUGACGGGAAUGGCCCCCAAGGGAUACCGUCAUAACAUAAGCUAAAUUACAUCUCAAUUUUGUCUGACUUCCACUUGUAUCUGGGCUUCCCAAGCAUUUAGGGUUCAAUGUACAGUUGAGUUUGUAGCACUCUUGUGGUAUUUUGUAUCACAAUAUCAGGAAAAACAUUGUAUUCCCAAAACACCUACCUCUACAAUAGUGAUAAAUUCCUCCCGAAGUCCUCUUAGCACUCCGAUCAAUGCCGCAGAACCUUGUUCACUACCAAAAGGAUGCCCGCCUUUCUAUUUCUGCCAUAGGAGAAAUGUUAUUGAAUUAAAACUGGUUGACUUGGAGCACCAAGUUUAUUUACACACAGUUCUGAGUAAUUGUGGGAGCAAAUUGACUGACAGACCCUGUUACCUUAAUCACACCUGCAGAAUUCUGCAACCUAAAAUUCUACUUCCUAAUUUUAUGUAUAACUUUAUUAUUAUAAUUCACAUUAUUGAAGCAGAAUUCUGCAACCUAAAAUUCUAUUUCCUAAUUUUAUGCAUAACUUUAUUAUUAUAAUUCACAUUAUUCUUUCAACCCUUUAAGCCUUAAGAGUCAUCAGCAUCAAAUUUCUCCUUUUAAUAUCAAUGCUUUGUAUAACAGAGUGUUCAUGAGAAUUAUGGACAUGAUCACACAAUUUGCUUGAAAUUUUAUCAACUUCUUCCCACUACUUCUGUAGCAAAUGAAUAGGGGCAACAAAUGAGCAUUCAAAUUUUGAUCUUAGGGUUAAAAGGGUUUUAAAUUUCUCUAUUUUUAAUGCAUUUAUUUUGCACUUAUUUAUCAGACAAGAGAAAUAAUGCAUUGGUAAGGUAAACCUUACUUAAAACAAAACAAGUACUGAAAUCUACAGUGUAAAUGUAUAACCAGACCACACCAUCCUUACCAUCUUCUUUAGUUGAAAUGGCUUUAAGGUUUUUUCAUUAGAUAUGUUUAUCAUUCUCCCUGUUUUAAAUAGGGGACAGUGAGGGGAUGGAAGAAGUGCUUUUUAACUCCUCCACUGUCUUAACUACAGAAUACAGGGUCACUUAUUUCCUUAUCAUUAGAUAAUUAAAUUAAAAGCAUCUAAUGACCCGUUCUUCAAAGCGUUCCAACAAGGUGGACUUGAGUGACCCUUAAUUCUGUUUCAUCAAACGUGGUUAAAACAGCUCAGUCUUUUGCAUUUGGUAGAAAGAGAGCGAAUCAGGGCGGCUUACCUGGUCUUACUAUCGGCUUUUUCCAGCAAAGUCUUGAUUCUUGGAGAGCGUUUAUUAUUAUUAUAAUUUUGUGCAGUUCAUCUUGAAAACCGUUGCGCCUCACGAGGUUUCUGUCUCCGAUUCUUCACGACGAACUUCAAAAGCGAAGUGAUGGAUCAACGACGGCUCAUAGUUCGAAAAUAAUUAGUAACAACACCUUCAAUGUCCUUUGAUGCUGUCGAGAAGUAUAAUACAAGACUCUUGAUCCCCAAAGAAGACUGGCAUGUUCGCAACCGUUGCAGUACUUUCAAAUAGACGCCAAAAGGACGACACCAAAGAGCAUGUGCAUAGGGACAGCCCGCUGACCAGUUGGGUAUUGUUUCCAAAAUAUGUUUUCGAUUGUUUACAUGUCGUGUCAUUUUUAUCCUGUGGCAGGCGUUCGAAAUUUUAAAAACCUUUUACUUAUGAAUCAGAAAAUAUAUGUACAUGAUGGCUGGGUCUUUGUUUGCUAUCAAUACCGAGGGAUAUUGUACUGUAACGCCUUCCCAGCGUUUAGUUUGCGUGACGCAUCAUGUAAUGUUAUCGACAUUCAAAUCACGUGCAGAACAUUCGGGAGCGUGAUUGUAGCUUUGUUUCCGAUUUGCACCUUCCCGCGAGGCAAAGGUUCGCUCGAAACCAUGAUUUACCUUACAGUCUCUGACUGUCGCCACGGUUUUAGGUCUACGUUAAAGUUAUCUUAGUUCCUUACUCGACUAAACGGACCGUACUUUGGAUUGUGUCAGACGUGACUAUGGUUACUUCAACCGAACACCGCGGUCGCUCCUAGUAGACCUUGUUGGAGCCAAAUCGGAAUUUUAAUUUGGCUAUCGGAAGGGCCAAAUUGAGAGGAAGUGCCAAAGUAGCUUUUAGUGUAGCCGAUUCAGAAAUUAGAUGGGCCGAAUUGGUACCAUCUAGAACUGUUUUGACUCUUUCUGUCCAAAAUGGCCCAGCAUGUUCCAAAUCGGCCCUCGAGAAAUUGGGGCCGAUUUGGCCUUUGGGGUCGAUUUGGCUCUUUUCAUUUUACAGAGUAGGUUGUAUAACAAUGGGGAAAGGAUGCAUCCUUAUCGUACUCCUGUUUUAUAGUUAAAGUAGUGGGUCCUCUUAUUGCCAAUUUUUAUAGCACAUUUUGAUCUCGAAUACCUGUCGGCGAUGAAAUGAUAAAACUUCUCAAGCACUUUAUAUAAAAGAGCAUUAUGGCAUACCGAAUCAAACACUUUUUGAUAAUCAACAAAACAGCAAAAUACAAUUUUCCUUUGUUGGCAUUAACUACAUACUUGUCGAUUAAAGUUCUUAAUGAGAGAAUGUGAUCAGUUGUUCUAAAGCCUUUUAUGAAACCAAUUUGCGAUGAAUGUAUCAAGUUAUUUAUCUAAAAAAAAUUGCAUAUCGUUUAUUCCAUAGGGAAAAGAAUAAUUUCCCUCAGCAACUGGUGACGUAAAUACCUCUGUAAUUCAAAGGAUCGACUUGUCACUUGAUUUGAACAUUGGGCUAAUUAAGCCGAAGGGCCAAGCAUCUGGACGGUGUCCAGUUUUCAGCAAAAAGUUAACUGAAUCUUGUGAAAGGAGGGGCCAGUGUAUGAAUGCCACAUUUCAACAUCUCACUUUGUAUCCUGUCCGGACCUGGUGCUUUUUUUUAGAUUUUAACAACUUCUUUUGCUGCUUUUGUGUCAUUUUCUGUAAAAGGCUAGUCAAGAUUGUUUAAUUUGUAGCAUGAAAUUCAAUUCUUUAUUUUUCAGGUCUUUUAAAACGUUUUACCUACUAGUCAAAAUGACAGUUUGUCUGUUGGAAAAGCGGUGGCUCGCGGCACAGAAUGUGUUUCAGCAGACAUAGAUUUUAAAGUUGACCAAAAUUUGGUUGGAUUGGACAUAGUAACAAGUUCGUCGAUUUUAUAAUUCUGGUAUUCUUGUUUCUUUGCGCCUCAGCAGGGUCUUGUAAUCUUUUUUAAAUGAAAAAUAAUUAAGUCUUGUUUGUUUGUCAAAAGGGUUGGUAUGUUUUUUGUUUGAAACUGAGUUUAGGUGUUUCCUAAAAACCUACAUUCCUGAUCAAACCAGGGCUGUGAUCGCCGUUUGUUCUUUUUUUGCUUGACAAAGCCUUAUUGAAGAGAUUGUUUUGCUGCUGUUUCUAGUACUACAACAAAUUUUCAUACUGCCUCAUUGAUAUCAACAGCUUGUUCAAGCUCAGAAUUUUCAAAGUCUGAUAUUAAUCUUGUUAGCUCUGUGGUUUGCAGGGCGGCUAAAAAUUUUUCUCUUGAGUCUGGAGCCCACCUAAAUUAAUUGUCUAGGUAGAUCAAAUAAGUCUACUCUACAUUCAUUAUUUCUUCUAAAAGCGUUAGUGGCACGUAUCUUGAUCCAACAAAUUAUUUGACUAUGAUCGGAGAAGGGAGAGGUUGAUGUACUAUCAAGUUUUGAGAGUGUUGUAGGACAUCAUGACUAACGACAACAUAAUCAACUGUGCUAAUGCCUUGAUUUCCAUGAAAGGUUAUUUGACCGAAGGUGUCACCUUUACAUCUCCCGUUUGAGAUCCUGAGAUCCAGGGAUUUACACAUUUCGAGUAGUUAACGAGACGAUCAAACUUUUUUGUCUGCGACGCGUCAUCAGGGAUGGGUAGGCCAUCUACAGGUGGGAAGGGGAUUUGCUAUUCUCGUCAACUAGAAAGUCUCUUUCUAUGCGAGUUCUAGCAUUAAAAUCCCCGGCUAGAAAAAAAAAAAGUUUGAAAUUAUUGACGUCCUCGCUCUCUAGAUUUGAGAAUGUGUCAGGAUCGAAGUACAAUGAGUCUUUCGAAGGGAUGUAGCAGCAACAAUUACGUCCUUCCUCAUAUGAAAAAGAGCUUUAUCUAUCCUACAGCAGAUCAGAUGUAAUUGGGAGUUUUCUUGAUAACUGUAAUUUGUGGAGCUAAAAACUUUUUGGCCGCAACUAAAAUACCUACAGACCAGCGGCCCGAUUUUUUAUAGACCCUAUCUUAGUCACUUCUGGGCAAAUAUUUAAUUUUCGCGAUCCCAACUUAGUCACUUUCUAUUUUUAUGAAUUGACCCAUUUUAAGAUUGAAUGAAAAACACUUUAGUUUUCAUCGAAACUGCAGUACAAACAUUGUGGUACGUUUGCUAACCGUAAAAAAGGAAGAAGUGCCUUACCCCAAGAAAUGAGCCACCCCAUUCUAGUAACACUGUUGAAAAUGCGACCCCAUUAUAGUCAAUCCAGUCGGGGAAUGCGAUCCCACCCAGCGGCACACUCCCAUUAUUAGCCUCUUAGAAGGAAGUACCCCCCCCCUGGGACUGAUUUAUUCUGUUCAAUACUACCGGGUCUGGGUUGUCUCUAGACUUGGCCACAAGUCGAGCUCAAAUUUUUUCUUGGCGCGAACUAUUUGCGGUCUGUCGCGUGUGUCGUCGCGAGCUGUCAAAGUACGAAAACAAAAACAAAAAGCACAUCCUUUCCACACUCGAUCACUUGUUGUUGAUAACAUCUUUGUAGUUCGCUUUCCUUAAACCAUACGUUAUCGCGUCCUUGGUAGAACGCAUUUGCACUGUCAUUUGCACUCGGCUUUGUAUUUGAAUACAGUCGUAAUACAGCCCUUAAAAAGUACACAGCUCAAUGUUCGAGUCACGUUUCAUAUGGCGUGAUCGGGUUUGAUUGACGGCGCAUAAGUAAAACCGUUCGUGAUUGGAUAAAACCCACAGGAGGAAAAUUCCUCCUGUAAAUUUGACGGGCUUAGUGCAGGGGAUAGAGGUCCUUUGUGCUGGGGCCAACCACCAGAACCGGAAAUGAGAAACGAAGGAGUUUGAGAAGGUCUAGGUUGUCUCCUCUGAAGUCAAAUGUUCUAAAUCAAUCGUUAGAAUUUUUGUGACGUUGAAAUAAUUAUUUUAAAAUGAAGAUCUAAGUCUAAAUGCAUGUAUCAUAUGCUUCAGUUCACUGCACCUAUCUUAUUUUUUUUAAUUCACAACGGAUUGAAUUAAUUUUUUCCCGUGGGUUGUUUCGAAAGCUUUUAUGAUGAAUUAACACAUACUUAAGUUAAAGAGCCUGGAAAUGAACAAUUAUAGCUUUUUUCUGUUUCUUUACCGGAUUCAACGAGGAAAGUGGCUAAAGCUUUUUUAACACCAAUGCUAAAGGAGGGUUAAAUCUAUCAAGUUAAAGAUAAAGAGGUCAAAUUCAGACGCUGAGGUCCUUUUUUUUGUUUAAUCCUAACCACAAUCGAAAACUUGAGAGAAGCGUCAAGGAGAGAAAGCGAAAGGAAGAAAGUCGAACUCAUGCCUUCAUGUGCAUGCCUAAACUAGGGAAGUGGCAAUUUUGAAGCUUGUGCUCGACCUAUGACAAUAUUUUGGGCAUUAUACUAUGUUAUAGGGCGUUUUCACAUGACCUCACGGCGGCCAUAUUGAUGUUCCAAACAAUAUAACGGCGACCAUGUUAGUGUUCCUAACAAAUCCUGUGAUAGUCGAACUCUUUUCGCAUGUAAAAAUUUCUUUUGUUUCCAUAAAUUUGCAUAGAUUCUGGCCACGAGAUUGAAAACGCUCUAUAGUGACUAGACAACGCCUCGUCCGGCAUCAAUAGGCGUUUUUCGGCACAAGCUCCUGAGGGCGAAUGGGUUGAUUACUUCAUAACAUUGUUUUGUUUUUUCUUUCAGGAUUCAUCCCCAGUUUCUUGUAAUAAUAAAACAUGUGCACCUAAAACUAACAAAGGUGAGGUUAUAAAUCUCCGUCUUUGAUUUUUUUAUAUAAUUUGUCUUCAUUCAUCUGUAAUGAAAACGUUAUUGAGAUAUCCUCGUUGACUUCAAUGAUAUUUACAUUUUCGUAUAAGGGAUUCAUACACACUCUACAUUCUAUAUAUUUUUCUUGCAGAAGAAUUUGAAAGCACGUUAAUCUGGUUUUUUUUUUGUUUUGCCGGUGCUAUCUAUGUGAUUCGCUGGUUUUGCACUGCGUAUCUCUUACUGCGCAUAACAAGAUGGCCGCCGUGAAAAAGAGCAUCUGAAGAAAAAUUAUUAAAAUGAUGUUGACUGAAAAGAAAUGCUAUUAAAAUUUUCUCUUGGGUUGUUUCUUGCCGAGAUGAGACUCAAUGUGUUGGGAAUGUGCAUAACGCAAGCAAUUGACAACUGUUUGCAAAAGAAAACGUACUGCUUUGUUUUUGACUACCUCAAUGAAAUUACAUGUUUCCCAUUCAGGAAUUAUUUUCAACGAUUUCACCAUAAUUCGUUAUACACUAGACACAAUGGGUAAGCAGCAAAACUACCUAAGGUCAAACUGGAUUUUGCGCGCCGUCGUUUUUAUUUCUUAGGUGCCUCGCUUUUUAAUUCAUUGCCAUUAAGUUUAAAAACAUUAAUUCUAAAGUUUUAUUUAGGAAAGCCUUGGACGAUUUUUACUUGUAACUUUUAUUGUAGUUUUUAACCUAGUGCAUGUUUCCUUUUUAUAUAUAUUUUUGUUUAUUCAUAUUUAUUAGAUUUUUUAAUUUUUUAGUCAGCACGACCCCGUUGAUAACUUGGUACUGGGUUACGCGUGUUGCUGAGUUCGACUUCCUCACGGAGAACCUCGAUAGUGGAGCGGUUAAACUCGUGCUAACUCAAUUUGAUUUUCAUUUAAGUGCUAUCUUUAUCACAUUUUGUCGUACCUGUGAUAUCUCGAUGUAAAUUCUGUAAAAACGGAUUUUUUUAAAAAAAUCCUUCCUUGCCCCUUCCACAUACAUGCCAUUUUGAAAGUCGCCCAGUCCUCUCUCAAAAAUCGGAGGAAAUUCAUUUGGUGCGCACUUUCUGCAACUCUACCACAAAAACGAGCACGGUGACCCCCACUUUUUAUUUCGUGAUUUUAAUAAGAACAUUGCUUCCUUUCAAUGAGAAAACAAUUGGCAUAAAUCUAUGUUCAGUUUUUAAAGGAUUAAAUUAACUGCAAAAACCGUGGACGAAGAUCCUGCUAGUUGUAAACGUUAGAUCUCUCGAGAAGAGAUCAAAUCAGCCAAAAUAUAAAGAACAUCUGUAAACCUGAAGAAGGCUGGUAUGGCCAGCCGAAAUAUUGUUAUAAAAAACAAUACACGUUGUUUUAAAUCAGCUUUGCUGUAGUCUUCGGACUUCUCGUUCUUGUUCAGUUUUUAGGCGAUUUUACGAAAUUGCACGGAUUGAGCUAUAACGGGUUGAAUAGCGCGUGUCCAAAUUAAGUCUAUUUUGGAGCGUUGAGUCAAAACAAGGGCAUUGAAGGGCAUUUUUUGGUACGUACGUGAACAAAUAAUACAUUUAAGUCAAAUUCCGUGCGAUACCACUUGUUAGAAAAUUAUUGCGUCCUUGUGGCGGGAAAGCUCGUCACGUGAUCUGAGAAACGAUCUUUGUACAAGAGUCUUGGAACUGUGUAGUCGUUCGGAGUCGUGGAGCUGGACAAGUGUGUAGACUGAGUAUAGAUCAUCAAAAUUUUUGCGCCAAUUGAUGUUGCUGAAUUCUUUAAGUGUAGAACAGAGUACAGAAUUCUAAAAUAUGAACAUGUGAAGAAAUAUACUUGCAAGGGAGUGAAGAAUUAAAGCUAAAUGGAACUGGUUUUAUAACACGUAAUUUAUGACACCACAUGCAUCAGCGAAAGAAUCUCUCCUUUUUGUCCCAGUUUUUGGCUGCGCGCGGUUUUUGUCAAAGGGUCUUAAAUAGCCGUAUUUGUCAGCAUUGUGACGUGAAAACGAGCGCGGUGAACCCCAUCUUUUAUUACUUUUUUUAUCAUCACCUUGACUUGUCACAUUAGUGUACCAAGUUUCAUCUACAAUCUAUGUUGGGUUCUUUUACUAAGAAAUCACCUUAAAGAGGUGAUUGUUCUUUUUUAACUUGGUUUCAGAGACCCUUCAUCUUCUGAUCAAACGGAAUAGGCAAAAAAAGGAAAAUUAGGAUAAAUUUUUUUAAUGCUAAUAAAUGUUUUAAUAAAACAUUCUAUUUCUCAUACAUUGUACAUUUAUAACUUUAUAAAUCAUCUAUCCAUUCUAUGAACACGCGACGAACCCUUCAUUUAUUAACACUAACGACCGCCAUUUGGAGUCUGUACAGCGGUUUGGGGAUCAUUUCGGGUCGGGAUCAUUUCGGGGAAGUCCCUUGUCAACUGAUUAACUCCGUUCCUCACAAUGUUCACUGGGCAGGCCUGACUCAGGGUCAAUAUGUGGUCCAAUUUUCAACGGCUUAUUUGACAUGAAUUCCAGUGUUGACUGAAAUAGCUACUAACAGUUGGUGUCAGGAUAUCGAUGGUAUUUGAUUUAAAAGCUAAACCUUUCCAGCAAUUUAGUACCAUAGCCAAGCUACCAUUUUGUAUUGAUUUUAUGAUCAAGCGGCAUAUAACAGAGGCCUUUUGUAAUAGUUUAAGUUGGCCUUCAUUUUCUAGCAUUUCCAACGUCACAAACAUGACCUCUUCAGACUUGUCGAUUGUAAAAAUUUAAACUUUGUUUCAGUAUCAGGGAAUGUUUCUUAUGCGUGCACCCUUCUCUCAAAAAUGCGUGCUGCCAUGUUUUGUGCGAAAAACAGGCAUAAAGUCGAUUUUUCCAACCUUUCAUAACUUCUGCUUUAAAAUUAAUCGUUUGAACCCCAAAAUAUUUUUCCUUAGUUUGGUCAAUAAAAGGGAUGUUUUGGCGAAAUAGUGAAAAAUUCGAUUUUGUGACGAGUGUCUUGUGAUUCUCGAUUUUCUCAGAAAAUGGCUCUUAUAAGUUAAGGAAAGUACAUAAUUACGUAAUAAGGAAUCAGAAAAAGAGGGAAGAGACAAAGUUCAUCUUACAACACGUAUAACAGACCUUGUCACGGUUUUCGUCGACGCCAUCUUGAUGAGUAGGCAAACUUGUGAGAAAUUACUGUCUUUGUAUAAGAAUCUAAUGUCGAAUAAUUUCCAAAAAACGGCUGUUCUGAAAAAAACUAUCAGUUGUAAACUAAAGCUACAAGGCAAAGGAUUGUCCUAGACAAUUUUUGGGGCGUACCUGUGCUUAAAUUUCUCCAGAGGCUUGCUUUAGAUUUUCCAUAUAUUUGUCUGUAAUUUUCCUGGGACUUGCUUACAGACAAAUGUAUAGAAAAUUUAAAAAUGUGGUUCUAGGUCUUCCGGUGCAUUUAUCGACCCUAAUUUUUUUUCAGUAGGUUCCUUAGGAGUGAAGCUUUAGUUUACAAAUCAUAUUUUUUUCUCAGAAGAGCCGUUUUACGGAAAUUAUUCGACAUUAGAUAGCCUACCCCGUCAAGAUGGCGUCGAAAACCGUGACACGGUUUGUUCUUUUUACAAUAUAAUGGCCUGGCUUUAAUAAUUAAUGUGGUUGUACUCCGUUUUCUUUUCUUGUCAACAGUAUGUUCUUUCGAAGUGCCUCCGCAGUGGAAAAUAAAAAAUUUUACCGUUGUUUUCCACGAAAUGUACAGGGGAAAAGCUUCGAAUUGGUCCGUUGAAGUGUCAUGGAGUCCCAUUACGGGUAAAGCUUUAUAAAACAUUUGAUGCAAAUUAUGCCGUGUAAAAAUAUCUGUGCCUUUUUUGGCGCAAUACAGGUUCUGACUCUAUCCUCAACCAGCGUAAAUAGCUGUAAGUUAAGGACACCAGUUGCUCCGAACUUUUGUCACAUUAACUAACUUGUGAUCAAAGUAUUAAUUGCAUCUCUUCUUGAGAUAAAGGUUUUAUCCAUUCACCACUACCUUAAAAUUCCCCGCUCACUGAUAAUAAAAGAAACAUCAUGAUAUGUUAUUUUGUGAUCGAUAUGGCCCUGUUAGAAAUCUGUUAAUUCUUUUAAUGUCAACUGAUAGUCACUGUCCUGGCCGCAAUUUUGCAACCUCGUCUCCAAGGCGCUUUUCCCUGGGCGCUUUGGAAAAAGCGCCCUGGCGACGAGGUUGUCAAUUUUGCAAAUCAUCAGUCUGUGGAAAAACGUUGGGUUAUGGUAUGGUUUGUACGUCAAACGUUCAUGGUGCUGACUCGCUGCUUUUUUUUACUUACUCUUUUGGUCAGGUUCGCCUCAAAAUUGGAGUGGUUAUUGUAUCUUUUAUACG